UCGGGACAGUAAUUGUCUACGUCACGAAACGUGAUCGGAAGUCGCCUUCAGUCAGCUGAGCGAGUGUCGCCGUUUCUACCCCCCGGUCAAAGCACUGUGUGCUCUACAGAUGGCCUACCCUAAUUCCCGCAACCCAUUUGCAUUUGAUGACGAUGAGGAGGAUUUUAAGCCUAAAAGUAGGGGGUUUGAUGACGACCCCGAUGACAGUGGGAUGAGUGAAGCAGAGAGGAGGCAAAAGUACCUCCAGCAACAAGUGAUGCAUACAGCUCAGUCUGCUGUGGACAGCAGUUACCGCUCCCUCAGCCUCAUCUAUGAUUCAGAGAAGAUGGGUGUGGAAACUGCAGAGGAGCUGGUGCGUCAGGGUGAAGUUCUGAAGAGGACAGACAAGAUGUUGGACAAAAUGGAUCAGGACAUGAAGACCAGCCAGAAGCACAUUAACAGUAUAAAGAGUGUGUGGGGUGGUCUUGUCGGUUACUUCAAGGGCAAACCAGAGACCAAGCCACCACCUGCACCUGAGCAGCCAAAGGCCUACCAGGCCAACGAAAGAUUACAGAAUGCCUUGUCCAACAGCAGGGAACAUGAAGAUAAGUACCAAGCCUCUCACCCGAACUUAAGAAAGUUAGAUACAGGCGGAUUUGGAGCUACUGCGUCAGUAGAUGACAGCUCAUCUAGACAGAAUGGAUACUCUCAGAACAAGCACCUUAAGGAGGCUCACCAGACCCUCGACAAAAAUUUAGAUGAGAUGUGCGAUGGUUUGAGAAGGCUGAAGAACAUUGGACUUGGUCUUCAGUCUGAGAUUGAAGACCAGGACGACUCUAUUGAUUCGCUAAUGAAUAAAGUGGACAAGAUGGAUGUCAAGAUCCAUAACACAAACCAACAGAUUAAGAACCUCAAAUAAAACAAACACUUGGACUCAUAGUACAGAGACAGAAACAGGUCGAUAUUCUCUUACUUGGCUUCUAUCCUAGUCUUUGUCAAAUACAUUUGUUCUUUUAGGUUUUUUAAUGGGUUCAAACAUGUACAUGUAUGUCUGGCAGAUCAGCAAGUGAACAUUUUUACCCAAAUUAUUUUCUUCUUGAAUGAGUAAAAUAUGAUUUCCCAUUCAUUUCUGUGUGAGAUUUGUCCAUAAGUCCAUGUUUGCCUAGUUCCUCCCUCCAAUGAUUUUUAUACUGAUGUGAAUGCACGGAAUUUUGUCCCCCCCCCCCAACCAAAGACACACACA